GCGCGACUCAGCGCCUCGGGGCCCAGCCUAUGCUGCCUGCUCCGCCCCCCGCGAACCCCGGAGCCAGCAGCGCGGCUGGGAGGGGGCGGCGGGCAGGUCCGUCUCGCUCCGCCUCUGCGCCCUCCCUCGUGGGCCCCGAGGUCCCCAGCCCUGCUCCCGCCGCGAGGGGUCCGCCAGUGCCUGCGGCGCAGCCAGGCCCCUCCCUCUGCGGACCCGGCCUCUCGCGGGUGGGGGCUGCGGGGCUGCUGCCGGGCAGGUGGGGAGGGAGCCCGUGGGCGCUGGGGGCACGGGGACCGGACUGCUGGUCCACCUGGAGCCGCCGCCCCCUCCCCGCCCGGCACCCCUGGGUCGAGGCUGUGGCCCCCCCCAGGGAAAUGGGGCUUGCAGCACCAGCUCGGAGAGCACCACGGGCUUCCUCUGGCCUCGGGAAAAGCAUGACUUUCAAAAAUUGAGUCUCCACUUAGCACCACUUCCUUUCCAGACGACUGUCAGGAAUUGUGGGGGGUGCUGUGCGAAUAUGUGUGGGGGGCAAUGAGGUCUGGGAGAUUCGCCUCCCCCCAGGCCCGCCCUGGCAUCCCCCUGCCCACAUCAAGCCGCCGGGCCGCUGCCCUACCUCUUCCUUCCCGGGUCCUACUCCCCAAUGUCCCCCGACUUCGAGUCUUGCCUUGAGGUCGCACCAGACCCAGCCCCUAACAGUGUCCUUCAUCCAGGGCCCAUCCCCAGAGUUAAUCUCCAGCCAGCUCUGCCCCCUGGACAAACUCCUGCCCAAAAACUGCUGUGAUGCCCCCCCUGGCCCAAGCUAAGUCCCCACCCCUCAGCUGCCCAGGGCAGCCUCUGCCUAGUUGGUGGCCUCUGCCCUGCCCUCCUCUCUCCAGCGCACAGGGGACAGGAGGCCCAGGAAGGACCCCCAGCCACACUCCCUGCUGGGACCGGGUGAUGCCUUGGCAGUGCCCGUGGGAAGCAGGUGUGGGAUUGUGCUCCACACCCAGUGGGGCUGGCCAGCAGCGACUGAGGACAGUGUGACUAUUUAUAGGACUGGCUGUCAGAGCUGAGGAGGGGCCUCAGAGACCCUAUUCUAGUGUGUGAGGAAACUGAAUCCCAGAGAAGGGACAGCCUUACCCCAGCCUCUGCCCCCACCCGAAGCCUGGCCUUUCCCUGCGGAGGGCCCUGCAGUGCCUCGGAAGGAACCCACCCAGCGUUUGGGAAGCACCCGUGAGAGGCCUUGGGUGGGACCCUGCAGCAUGGCAGGGGCUCGCCAGCUCUCCAGACCCCUGGCUGCGCAUAGGACAGAAGCCCAUUCCCGGCAUUGUCACAGACCAUUAAUUCUGGGCUCUCUCGUGCUCUCAGGAAGCCUCACCCGGGCCCCUGGCUCCUGCUGCACAGCCAGGAGGGGGUUGGAUUCCGGUUCCAGUGACACUGUCGGGGGCUGCUCCUCACCCCCAGGUGUGCACCUGGCACAGCCACUGUCCCAGGAUCCCUGGAGGCUGACUGCACACAUAUCCCAGCCUGGGAGGGACCCCCUCUAAAAUGAAGGCCGCCCCUCUGGUGGUCUUAGAAUGUGUGCACCCCCCGCACGGUUCCUGCUGGCUUGCAGCUGCUGGCCCACCCACUGGGGCCGGUUCCACACUCAGAUGAGAAAUCCAAUUCCAGAAGGGCUGAGGCCGGCAGGUCCCUGGUGGGGCUGGAUCCCAGCUCUGCCCACGAACACCCCGUUUGCACAGACUGGGGUGCAAACUCACCCCUGCCCUGCUGUGAGGAGGGCCCUGGAACCAGGCAGGACAGGAGAAACUGGGCCACCCGUAGCUGGAGCCAUCCUUCCCGGAGCCUCGGGCAGAUGCCCAGCAGGAUCCACUCGAUUCCUGCACCAAGAGCUCUGGACAGCGUCACCCCCCCUGUGGCCCCCAGGCUGUGGCCCCAGCUGUUUGUGCCUGGCCACCCAGAGGAGAAGGCCACCCCGCCUGGAGGCACAGGCCAUGAGGGGCUCUCAGGAGGUGCUGCUGAUGUGGCUUCUGGUGUUGGCAGUGGGCGGCACAGAGCACGCCUACCGGCCCGGCCGUAGGGUGUGUGCUGUCCGGGCUCACGGGGACCCUGUCUCCGAGUCGUUCGUGCAGCGUGUGUACCAGCCCUUCCUCACCACCUGCGACGGGCACCGGGCCUGCAGCACCUACCGAACCAUCUAUAGGACCGCCUACCGCCGCAGCCCUGGGCUGGCCCCUGCCAGGCCUCGCUACGCGUGCUGCCCCGGCUGGAAGAGGACCAGCGGGCUUCCCGGGGCCUGUGCAGCAGCAAUAUGCCAGCCGCCAUGCCGGAACGGAGGGAGCUGUGUCCAGCCUGGCCGCUGCCGCUGCCCUGCAGGAUGGCAGGGUGACACCUGCCAGUCAGAUGUGGAUGAAUGCAGUGCUAGGAGGGGCGGCUGUCCCCAGCGCUGCGUCAACACCGCCGGCAGUUACUGGUGCCAGUGUUGGGAGGGGCACAGCCUGUCUGCAGAUGGUACACUCUGCGUGCCCAAGGGAGGGCCCCCCAGGGUGGCCCCCAACCCGACAGGAGCGGACAGUGCAAUGAAGGAAGAAGUGCAGAGGCUGCAGUCCAGGGUGGACCUGCUAGAGGAGGUGAGGCGUUGGGGGGGGGCAGGUCCUCACGACAGCAGAGGCCCAGGCCCGGGUACAGGCUCCGUAGUCUCCUGGGACAUGGUCCCAACCCACGGAUGGCUAGGGGUGGUCUGGGAAGGUCCUGGCCCUGGGGAGGCGGCUUCCUCGCUGCUGACUGCCAAGGGGGCCCUGGCCUGGAUCCAUGCUGGGCAGAAGCAGCUGGACACUGACCAGGAAUCCCCAGGGCUGGAGGAACCAAGCUUGACAGCCCCCCAGACAAUACACAGAGCCUGGACCCAGACGAGACCUCCCACCCCCCACCAUCUUUGUCCCCACCAGGACAAAGAGCUCUUGCCAGUCUUCCCACUGGCCAGUGGUCCAGCUGUCCCCCAGUUCUGCUGCCAGGGACCCCAAGGCUGGGACCACCCCGCCAGCCUGACGCCCCAGGCACCCACUCUGCCGCAAGCUUUUCUGCCACGGCAGCCCCCUCUAGUGGACACUUGGAGCCCUGCCGCGGAGGCUGGGGCUGGAGGCUUGUGGAGCUCUUCCCAGGGGUUCUCCCUAGACCCCGGUGGAGCAGAAAGGGCGGGGGCCGGCCCAGGGUCACUGCCCUUCUGCACCCGCAGAAGCUGCAGCUGGUGCUGGCCCCACUGCACAGCCUGGCCUCGCAGGCACUGGAGCAUGGGCUCCCGGACCCCGGCAGCCUCCUGGUGCACUCCUUCCAGCAGCUGGGCCGCAUCGACUCCCUGAGCGAGCAGAUUUCCUUCCUGGAGGAGCAGCUGGGGUCCUGCUCCUGCAAGAAAGACUCGUGACUGCCCAGCGCCCCAGGCUGGGCUGAGCCCCUCACGCCGUCCUGCAGCCCCCAUGCCCCUGCCCAACAUGCUGGGGGUCCAGAAACCACCUC